GCGGGAAGGACUGUGGAGCGCUGCGACAGGUGCAGGACCGCGCUCCGGGUUUCCUCUUGCUCUCUCCAGUCCGGUGUGCGUUCCUCGAGUGACGGGGAAGACAUCUUAGGGCAGAAGGGUUUCAGGGGAACAGAAGUGAAAAAGGAUGUCGUCUCGCUUACGUUCCUGGAUUUGGAAUUCGCUUCACAGGAAACUAAAGGGAGUGUAGAAGAAGUUGGGAGAACCGGCCCUUAUACCAAAAUGGAUUCUGUUGACUUUUUCGGGGACUUCUGUUUGUGUUUUUUCCUUUUUCCAUUUUUAUCAUCUAGCACAAGGUUUGGGACAAACAAAAUAGCAGCAAAAUUCAAAUACCUUUGUUUUCUAAAUGGAAGAAUUAGUGAGUUGUUCUUCCAUCAUAUCACCUUCAGAAGUGGAAAAACAAGAGUACGUGCAGCAUUGUAGCUUGGCCAUUGACAUUGCACAUUGUUUGUGGUACUGCUAUGUGGAUAUUUGUUAGCAAUGACUGAUGUGGAAUCUACAUAUGCAGACUUUAUUGCUUCAGGAAGAACAGGUAGAAGAAAUGCAUUACAUGACAUACUUGUGUCCUCUCCGGGUGGGAACUCUAGUGAACUAGCCUUAAAGUUAUCAGAGCUUGAUAUAAACAAAGCAGGAGAAGGAGAUGCACAACGAAAUCCAAGUGAGCAAACUGGGGAGGCCCAAGGGGAGGCAGCAAAGCAAGAAAGCUGACAUCCAACUUUGACCGACUGGAGCAGCUGCUGGAUGUUUUCAGACUACAAGAGCAUGCCGGAACAAAUUUGUUUCCAUGAGCAAGCUGGUGGCAAAGAAAGUGCAUGUGUCUUCACUGCUGGAACCCACUCAACACAAUGCUAAAAAUGGGGGUACAAGCUGUGGCAGAAGACAGAAUUUUCUCUACCUCUGUCAUUAGCAAUGGUUGAACAUGUAUUGAUUUUUUGGGAUAGUGUCAUCAGAUGGAUCCCUUCAUAAUGACUACUUGAUGGGAACACUUUUAGAAAGUAGAACAGGUAAAUCUUGUAGCAAAUGGCCUUUGAAACAUCAGAGGAUCUAAUUCUGUAUCUUAAGAAAAGGCUUGUGUGAUCCUCAGAGUUUAAAAUUCUCUGGCCAAAGUGUUCGCCCAUUAAAAGAACUGUAAAGAAAGCACUGUUUUUAGAACUUUGCAUCUGUUUUACAGCUCUGUUAUUUACAAUGGUUUUUGUAUUGUACGACUUAGAUGCUCCACACUGCCCCUUCUCAACUGCUUAUGAAGAAUAUUUCUGUUACUGUGAAUUUUUCUACCACGCGUUUUGAAAGGGCUGUUUUUUUGCAUAAUGUGGUGUGCACAUGAUAGAUUUAAAACGUCAACCGCUAAAUUGAUUAUGCCUAAACCUAAAUGACUCAGCAACACUCUAAUUUGUUACUAGAUGAGCCUUCAAAAUGAUUUGUUAAUGUGAAUACUUCAGCGUGUUUUGUGUCCUUGGUACAGUUUUGCCACUUGCCUGUAGUUAGUUGCAUAUCAGAGACUCAAAUUGAAUCUUUUAUGUUAUUCUUCCCCAUUUUUCUAAUUUUACUCCCAAUUUCUUAAUUUUUCUCCGAGAUAUUUUUUUAAAAUGUUAGUCCAGGAAUUUUAUUGUUAUGGUAGUUUUAAAAAUACAUUUAUAACCUUAUAUGGUUUAAAAUUCAAACAAAUUCCGUGGUGCUAGAGAUUUUCCUGGUUCACAUUGUUAAAGAUGGGCCUUUGUUUACACACAGGAGAAUAACUGGCAUAGGUUACUGCCAAUUAUGUAUUCUGAAAUGAGUUUUAGAUUGCAGGAUAGUCCAACUAGUGGAUCGUGGGCUGGAUCCAGCCAGGGGGACUAUUUUUUUUCUAUUCCUUGCCUUUGCCUCAGUUGAUCAGGCCGUUGAGUUUGCGCAGCCAGUAGCCUGUUACUGAUGCACCAGGUACAGCCAAGUGCUAGAAGCUGCUACAGCAGCCUUUUAGCUAGGAUGUGGAGAGGGAAGUGAGAGACUUGGCAUCUAGCACCCAAAAGACUGUAUUUUUCCCACUUCAGCUAUUCCAAAAAGACAGUCCAAACUGGACCUUCAUUGAAAUACCAGGAUAGCUUGUCCAUCCAGAGGAUUUCUUAAAAUAUCUACAAAUGAAUAACCUAUUCCGCAGUAGCUAUGCUGAUUGAUUUCCUUCCCCCCCAUCCCGCCCCAAUAGACAAGGCCAUACAUGAGGUUGAAUACUGCAAAAUGGGGCAGCCACACCUCUGUGUGACUAAGGUGAGUAAAGAGAGUGACUGACUAGUAAACCAUGGCAAUCACAUAAGCACCAAUCACAAAGUCAGCAGAUUUGUUUUCUUUUAUUAACAGGAGGUGAUGUCACUUUCUUUAUAUAUAGUAUAUAUAUUAUAUAUAUUUUUGUGUUGUUGUUGGUUUCAAAUGUUAUGCACUUUUUAAUGUUUGUAAACUUUUACUAAUGAAUAGUGUGAUUGCUUCCUGAAUAUAUUAAUCAUCAGUUAACAAAACAUCUUUGUGGCCACAGCUGUUUGUUUCUACCAUAUGUAUCAUAGUACUUGUCACCUGAAAUUCUUUUGUGAGAUGUGUGGAGAAAAGAAAAACACUUCUGAUCAGUAUUAUGAGCUCAUUUAUUAGUGUUAAUAAAAAACAAGCCAGCAGUAUGCUUGUGGCUCAUUAGUGUAAUAUUAACUCUCACCUUUUAUGGUUUGGAAGCUGAAUGCCUUGCUCUCUUACUAGCUGUCAAAUGCCCUAUCUUCUUGGUAACAGAAGUAGUCCAUUUGCUUUGAAAAUACUGUUACCCCUAAACUAAUUAUUUAUUCAUUUGUUUCACUUGGUGUUCCUUUCAAAGUUUAACACAUUAUUAUUGAUUUUUUUUUUUUUAAUUAUCCCCCCCCCUCCCCCUUGCUCUUGCAUCAGGUCUUCAAGCUGAACUGGUUGCUCCUUUGUCAUGGACAAGUUACUGUCAAUCUAGCACAAACACCAGAAGGAAAUAAGAUUCUGGGGCUUUUUAUAGUGUUACUUUAUUGAUGACCCAUGAAACACCAUCAAUAAAAUGUCAUGGAAAAAGGUAAUAGUGGAAUAAGAAAUUACAGUACAUUAAAGUGUUGGUUUUCCUUAUUUUCCUUCAGUGCUUUUCUUUAUUUCAGUACACUUUCCUCUUCUUAAUUCUUUUGUGUUGUGAAAUAAAAUUCAUUUCAGCCUUUCCUCUC